AUGAUUACUUCACUUCAUUCGCGCUUCACACUAAGCUACCCUUCGAAGAUUUGUCAUCAUUUGGAUAGUACACAGAAUUACGCCACUAUGCUCCGGAGUCAAGUUAUUCAUUUAUACACAUAUCUGACAGGUAGUAGUGGCAUCAGAUAUCGCUCCCUCUUCUCCUUUAAAACUUGUUCCUCAAGCAUGCAAGCCCGGCAUAUCGUCCCAAUUUCAACCCCACGCUUGGUGAACUUGAUGUCUCUUACGGCAAAAUGUGGACGAAAAGCCCGUGGUCACUUAUAUCUUCAAAAAAGUGACAAUAGCAAUAGAAAACACUAUGGCGGACUGCCUUCAACCAAUGAUUAUUCCAUCGAGGGAAUAUACAUAAAAUCCAACUUUUUGGCAUCUACACUGUUGCAUGGAAAAUCAUAUAAUGUCAACGAAAAUCUCGAAAUUUACCCAAAGUAA